AUGCCAGUUGUCACAUCCAGCCUAUCCAAAGACCAGCAGACCAAGCUGCUGUCUCUCCUCGGCCAUGUCAGACUCCACCUGCUGUACAAAGCCAGCAUCCAUGGGUUCACUGCUGCUGCCUUCCAUGGCUACUGUGACAAGCAGGGCUCCACCAUCAUUGUGGCCUAUAAUGCUGUUGGGUUUGUCUUUGGGUCUUACACCUCCAAGGACUACACCAAGAGUGGACAGCCAGUAGAUGAUGCAGAGGCUUUCCUUUAUAGCAUCACUGCUUCACGAAAGGAGCCGCUGAGGGUAGCAGGCAUUACAGGUCAGCCUGCUUUCACAGACGGAGACUCUGGUCCAGAUUUCGGUGCUUUGGUGUUCCUGCAAGACGACACACCUGCGCUUCAGUCCAAUCCAGGCAAGAGUUUCCAAUUCCAGCCCAACGAUAUGCACGGAGGCGACCUGGUGCUGACUGAGUUUGAGGUGUAUCGAGUUGAGGAUUUGGGGAAUUUUCUGGAAAAGCCAUGGAGGAAAGUCCAGUGGACAGCUGAGAGAAAAGAGCAACUGAUGAGAGUCAUCCAGAAAUACCAGCCUGAGAUCAAAACGGUGCAUCAAGCCCGGGUGUUGCUAGUGGGUCCUGUUGGGGCUGGUAAAUCCAGCUUCUUUAACUCAAUCAACUCAGCUUUUAGGGGCAACAUGACUUCCCAGGCCAUCACUGGCACGGCAGGAAAAAGUCUAACCACCCAGUUUCGCACCUACAGCAUCAAGGUUGGAAAAGGUGGCCAAACUAUUCCUCUGGUCCUCUGUGACACAAUGGGGCUGGAGGGGAACGCAGAUGCUGGUUUAGACAUAGAGGACAUAGUCAACAUCUUCAAGGGUCACAUCAAGGAUCGCUACCAGGUCUACUUCCCAAAUGCCUUCAAAUUUAGUUCAAGUGUGUCCCUCAUGGAGGAUUCUCCUGGCUAUAAAAGUGACGCAACCCUGAAUGACAAGAUUCACUGCGUGGCUUAUGUGGUUGACACCUGCAAGGUUUCACUUCUCAGCGAAAAAAUGCUGAACAAGUUUGCUGACAUCAGGAAAAAAGCCAAUCAGCUGGGAAUCCCUCAGAUUGUGUUGAUGACUAAAGUAGAUGAAGCCUGUCCACUGGUUGCACAAGACCUGAAGAAUGUUUAUCGAAGUGCUUACAUCCAGAAGAAGGCACGCCAGUUGAGUGAAACUCUGGGCAUCCCUUUAUCCUUUGUGAUGCCAGUGAAAAACUACAGCCAGGAGUUGGAACUGGACCAAGACACCGACAUAAUGCUCCUUACAGCCGUGGAGCAAAUGUUUAACUAUGCAGACAGCUUUUUUGAGAACCAGAAUAAAGAAGGAGAGAACAGUCAGCUUGAGCUCUGCAGAUCCAACGAUUAUCUCCGCCCAGGUUUAAGUGAGAAAACCGAACAUCAGAUUGUCUGA